ACGGUCUGAGGAGACAGUCAGAGGUCGGAGGAGGAGUUACCGCCUUUCAUUAGGAAAUCCAGGAUGUAAACAGAAGCAGUUGAAGCGCCGCCUUUAGUUAAGUUAACCUACAACCACACUUUGCAUUGUGCCGGGAUUCAGCUGUAAUACAAACUAAGAUGAUGUGACGUAUGUUUUUUUUAAAUUUCAACUCACAGUUGAGUUGCUGCUGCUGAGUCUAGUUAUGGUUAGCUUGUAGCUUUCAUGCUACCACGGAGGUUACUAAGCCAAUUUAGCCGUUAGUUAGCUUGAAGCUAGUUCACAGGGACAGAACACUGAGGGACAACACUUGGUUCCUACCUAAAUACAGAUGGAGGCUCAUCUGGGAUCUUUGCAGAAUCCUGAUCUAAGCUCUGUCCUAUCAUCAUGUGAGCCCGAGCUGCAGGAGCUGAUGAGACAGAUUGACAUCAUGAUCAACCAGCAGAGGAGGAUCUGGGAGACUGAGAGCCAAGAGCUGAGGCUCAGGCUGAAGAGUGGAGAAGAUGAACUGCUCACUUCUAAGAAUCUCAUUGAACGCAGGGACCUGGAGAUCGGAUUGCUCCGCAAGCAGCUUGAAGAUGUCCAGACUGAUCGACAAGAGUUAAUUGCCAAGUACGAAAAACAACUGCAGAAAGUUUGUGAAGAGCUGGAUAAAUUAAAGAGAAGCUACCACAAGCUCCAGCGCAAACAGCUCAAGGAGACCAGCAGAGGAUCGAAAGAGACAAGUGUUUCAGAGAUGAUGCAACUCCAAGACAAAAUUGAGGGAUAUCAUCAGCAACAUGUCCAGUAUCAGAAACAGCUGACGGCACUGGAGGCCCAGAAAAGGAGCAUGACAGAUGAGCUCACACACGUGAAAGACCAGCUGGUGUCGUUGCAAAUGCAGAAGGAGCACAGGGAUUGCUGCUCGGAGGUGCAGAGUCUGCGAUCUCGGCUGGAGAAGACCCAGGCCAGCCUGCACGCUCAGGAGCUUGAGCUGGAGCGACUGCGACCUCUUCACGUGUGGCUGGGACAAUCUGAGCGAGAGCAGCAGGUGUCGUCCAAGGACAGGCAGGAACUGCACGGCCCACGCGACUCUCAGGGUUUUGAACUCCAGAAGUUUCGCAACGAAGCUGCCAGACUCACACAAACACUGCAAACUAAAGACCGAGUCAUUCGAUGUCUGGAGGACUGUCUCACAGCCCGGGGCUGUGCUGGUGUGGAAACACUCAGAAAAGACCUGGAGAUGACCACAGCUAAGCUUCAUCGUGCCCAAGCAUGUGAGGUUCAUCUCAAGGCAGAGCUGGCCUGUCUCAAAGAGAGACAGGAGAAUAUGAACCGACAAAAAGCCGAUCACUCAACGACAGAACAGGAGCUGAGAAGCAUGAAAGCUGAUUAUAACACUUCUGUAGCUGACAUGAAAAAGCUCAGGGACGAACUUGAAAGAGCCCAGCAGACUCACAGCUGUGAGGUGGAGGGAAUGAGGAAGGAAGUGUCAAAGCUGACCAGCGAGCUGCACCAGCGCAACCUCACCAUCUCUUCACUGCGGGGUUCAUCAUCCAACAUCACGCAGCAGCUCCGUGGUGAGGCGGAGCGAGCAGGGCACAAGGCGGCUGAGCUUAAAGUGACUCAGGCACAGCUGGAGUCUGUACAAACUGAGAACCAUCAUCUGAAGGGUCUGCUGCAUACACUGGAGUCUCAGUCAUCCAAGAGGGGGGACUCCACGCUUGCAGCGCAAAGAGAGAGUCACACGUCACCAAGCAGCCUGGAGCAAGAGAAUGCACAGUUAAGGCAGGCACUCAUUGGCAUACGUGCCCAGGCUGGUGUGUCCAGCCAGGACAAAUCUGCUCAGCUCAGGCGCUCCAUAACUGACCACACGCAGCCAGCUCAGGACAGGCAUGAAGAUACCAGCCGUCACAAACAUGUGGUGGAGACGAAGCUGCAGGAUAACAGCACUCGUCAUGAAGGAGAGAUUUGCCAACUCUUAAAAGAGCUGCACACUCUGUCCCAGUCCCCCACAGACCAACCCUACAUCCAGACCCCAGACUGUAGGCCUCCUUCAGCAGCAUCAUCAUCAUCAUCAUCAUCAUCGUCGUCAUCCUUCAGUAACAGAAGACUCACCAGGAGAAGCUCUGAAUCUGGACAAAGCUCCGCCUCGGAAGACUCACUGGUUUUGGUGGCCAGAGAAAAAGCUCCACCGCUGGAGCUGUUAUCAGGGUCACCUGCAGAUGGCGUCGUCACUCAGUUCAUGGAGAAGGAAAAGUUACUGACCCAGGAGCUGUUCCAGAGACUGGACACCCACAUCCAGGGCAUGAAGGAGAACAACAUCAGGACAAUAGACAAGUACAUACCCGGCAGCUCAGAACCUGAACCCCACCACACGUCUGCGCAGAAUGGUCAGUGACUAAGUGACAUGGAAUAAAUCUGAGAUAAGUACCUAGAAGUGAAGUCCUGAAUGACAUACAGCAGACAUUUUGUGUGUUCUGCGACUUUUUACAUAUUUUAAUACCAGCAUGGCAACUCAAAGCUUUGAAUUUACCCAAUUUUUCACAAGAACCAUAAAAAAAAGGGUGAGAUCUGAAACGCACACUGUGCUAUGAGGUCACAGCAGUGUACAUGAACGCAUUGUUAAAAUAUUUAUGUUACUUACAUACCCUUCAUUUUGAAAAUGUGUAGCUGAUCAGCUCAGAGUUUCCUCUUGAUUAUUUAUUUACCUACCAUAGUCUGAAUGGAAGUGGUUCAGCUUUGAAUGUGUUGAGACUUCAGUGACAUUUUUAGUUCAACGAGACAUUGUCGAAGUACAAACUAAACAAAACUCAACCAUAAAUCACAUGCUUUGUCUCUUAAACACAUCACAGAGACUGAAAAAAAACAAUUUAUUAGCUUGGAACAGUUCUGAAGAGCAAUCCUUGAAGCUAAUUGUUGAGUAAAUGCCCAGUUUAUAAAACAAAACAACAGUUUUGGGAUGGAGGCUCUCUGUCCUGAGCUACUCCCAUCACAUGAGCAAGGACAGACUUUUUCUGCCUAUAUUUAAGGUUGCUUUGCAGCAUAGGU